AUGACAAACCUUGAAUCUAAGCCGAUUGGUCCUGGAGACUAUGGCUUUUGUCCAGCCUGCCAUAAACCAAAAACAGACAAAAAUUGGUGUCCUGAAUGCCAUUCUAAAUUAUUACUGGAAGAAAAUCCAGGGUGGACGAGUGGUGACGAAAAAUUGGAUAAUUACAUUAAAAAGACUAUAAUUGAUGCUCGUCGCUCAUAUGAUUACUUAGAAUUUAUCCCAUUUGAAAAUUUUAAAGAUAUUGAAAUAAUUGGAAAGGGAGGAUUUGCCACGGCUUUUUCAGCAAUAAGGACGAAUUGUUUAGAAGGUCACUUCACAUGGGAUGUUAAAGAAAACAAAUAUUUCAGAAAGAGUUAUUGUGACUAUCGCAUUGCUUUGAAAUAUUUUCAUAAAAUAGAUGCUGAAGCAUUUCUCAAUGAGUGUAUGAUGCUUCAAAAUGAUAGAUUCCUUCAAUGCUAUGGAAUCAGUAGAAAUCCGAAAACAAAUGAGUUUGUGAUCGUUUUAGAUUAUGCUCAAGAGGGGGAUUUAAGACAUUUUUUAAAAGACAACCAUAAUAAUUUGAAAUGGAAAGAUAGGCUAAAUUUUUUAACAAAAAUUGCCAAAGAUCUAAAUCUUCUUGAAUGGUAUGAUUGUGUAAUAAAUCAAGAAGACUCAAAUAUUUAUCGAGAAUUCAAAAUCGCCGAUGAAAGUGUUUCAUCUGAUUAUGAAAAUAAGGACGAAACAGAAUUCAAAUCCAACCCCGAGAAUAAAUAUUCUAGUAAAUUUAUUCCUUAUGUUACAAAACAAUUUGACCUUUUCAUCGACGAAGAAAGCAUUUCAUUAUAA